AAAAAAGGUUUCUCAAGGAACACUGGUUCGGGCUACAUUGCCGGUUUGGCUCGAUUGGAACAUCCAGACCGGGGUACAAUCGGCAAAGGGCAAAGUGCAACCAGCACAAAGCUCAGCUCAGGCUACUGUACAAAAUGUCAAAGCUAAUCUCCAACGUCGCUCUCUCUCGCCAUUGCUCCUUCCUCUCGUCAUCAUCUUCAUCCUCGAGAGCUAUUCAUCCACUCCAUCAAUUCGCUCAUACGCGUCACUUCCUCGCGCCACGAGUUUUUUCGUCGUCUUCGUCUGUAAAUCACUCAAAGCUCAAGAUGGAGGCGGAGCAUUACAAAUUCGGGCCGUACAAAAUUGAUCCCAGCGAAGUCUUCUUCUCAACCAAAUUCUCAUAUGCUUUGGUCAACCUACGCCCUCUCGUUCCUGGUAAUGGGUAGUAUAUUGUGUUAAUUGCAUCCGUGCGUAUGAGCUAGCUUCAUUACUCAAAUGAUUUGCUUUCUUUGUUGUCCUUGGACAUGUUUGGUAAACAGCAUUUUGGUUAGCAUUAGCUUGUUUUUCAGCAUUUUGAACAAAACGCCAUUUUUUACCAGUAAAAAUCGCUAUUCAAAGUGUUUGGUAAUGUUGCAUUUUGAUUUAGACAUAUGUUGAGCAAAUAGUGUUGAUAUGAUCAUAAUUUUGAAAAAUGACAUUUUGUUGUUACUUGUUAGUACUUCAGCAUUGUUUUCAAGCAUUGUGCUAGGUUACCAAACAGAAUUUAGAGAAGGGCUAAAUGCAAAUCAAACCUUCUAAUACAAACUACUCCCCCGU